AUGCUAUCGGAGACUGACUAUGUGGCGGAUGGACAUCUCAGUGGUGGAGAUCGGAUAGAAUCAACCGCUCCUGGUGUCCAAUGCUCUGUUUGUAGCAGUACCUUCCGGCGACCAGAACAUCUCAAGCGACAUCUGCGCAGUCAUACCAAGGAGAAACCUUUCGAGUGUGCCCAAUGUGGCCGCCACUUCUCUCGAACUGAUACGCUACAUCGACACGAAUUGAGCCAUCAUACACAAGGAGGCGAUGGGGGCAAGGACCGUACUCAUCGAAUUACUGUCAAGACCUUUCGGGCUUGCUAUGGCUGUGCAAUGGCCAGAGUGCGCUGUAGUGGUGGCAGUCCAUGUGGAAGAUGUGAUACCCGCUCCCUUGAGUGUCAGUAUCCCACUGAACGACGAUCGAAAGCGAAGGCUCGAAAUGGAACCUCUCGGCAGCUUUCCAUAACGGAGGACAACGAACUACAAACCGCCGAGACCUUGUCACCUAAGCCCUACACAAACCACACAGACCCUGCACUGAUGGAGGGUACAAUGACAUUCCAGCUAACACAGUUACCGGUUAACGAUAUGAAUGAUUCGCAACGGGCGCCUAUUACUUCAGACCAGGACCAUCCCACAAAUACUCCAUCCCAACCGACCGAUUCAGAUGGGAGAGAUUCAGUAGCAGGUACCUCAAAUGCUCAGCUUUAUGCACCGUCUUCCAACAAAGUUUCAGAUACACCACAGAUACCACCGUCGGUCUACCAGAAGGAUGGCUGCCCUCAUCCAUAUAAUGGGCUUGUCAACACUAUCGUUCCGAGCCUAACAAGCAUGAGCUCGGACUUGAGACAAACUCAACCAGGUCUACCCGAUUCAGGAGCCGAGAUGGAAAUUGACAUGUCCGGAAACUCAGAGAUGGCGAUGGAAUUCGACCCCUCCUUUUUUGACCAGUCCAUGCUCUCCACCAUAAACUGGCUUCCCAACGAGCUUUUUACAACUAGAGAUCAGAGCCAACGACCUGGAGCCCCUUCACAAUAUUGCCAGCCUCCCAUUUCAAAUUCCUAUGCCGCUCGUACAACAUGGCAGCCACCGGUGAUCGAUACAAGACAAAUCAGCCCAUCGUUGCCUGGGAAUGCCCCCCCAAAUUUCGUCGGAAAACAUUCAAAUGUCACUAGCGAGGCAUCGGUAAAUGUCGAUUCGGUGGAUUCAGCAAAUCUAUCCGGGCAGUAUUAUGUUGAUGGCACUGGUGCUCGACUUCCUAAGUACAGAAAGAAGCAAACUUCGUGGUCCAUAUCCUCCAUUGAAGCCCAAAAUCCUGGGCAUUCGUUGCCCGACUCGGAAGGGACUCCACGGAAAUUCGGAUUCCCAAUUUUAUGCGAAAUUCGCGUGGAGAAUAUCUCACAAGAUAUAUUACGAUCAUUGAGGCCAAUCGACCCUUUUAUAUACGAUAAAAUAUACGGCGAGUUUCUUCUACUAUGCCGCAACGACAAUCCAUUCUUUGAAAUGUUUGAGUCCACACACUUUCCAACUGCAGAUGAAUGCAAUCGUUAUAUUGCUUUCUACUUUGAAUCCUUCCAAACCGUUUACCCGAUGCUCCACCUGCCUACCUUUGAUCCAAACCAAUGUCAUUGGCUCUUGACCUUAGCAAUCGUGGCGACUGGAUGUCAUUGUUCAGGUACCCCUGAGACCGACCAAUGCGCUACUGCAUUUCACGAACUGAUACGCCGAGCUUUCUUGGCCGAGAAGAACAAAAGUCGUAUAAAUCAAUACGCUCUUGACCUUAUCCAAGCAAAGCUGCUCAAUUGCAUUGGGCUUUUGCAUAGUGGGAACGAAGGAGAUCAGCGUUCUGCUAUGAGUAGCUUCAGUGAUCUGGUGGCGCUUUCGAACCUCGAAAGGCUACUAGCGUCUCGUUCGAAGAAGACACCGACGCCGAGAAGGACUUCAAAUGACGCACAAUGGAGCCAAUGGGUCCAAGAAGAGGUCCGCAAACGAACUGGAUACUGUAUUUGGCUUUUGGACAGUACAAUUGCAUAUGCCUUUGAAGAGCGUCCGCUCCUCUCACUAGACGACGGACAGGCUACCCUGCCCACACAUGAGAAGCUGUGGCAAGCGAACUCUGCGGAGACAUGGAAGCAGCAAUGGGAUAACUUGCCAGGCAAUGAAUCUCUCUAUGAUGCUGUACAUAUUUUGUACAUUGAAAAGAGACUUGUUUCGGGGAUUGGCGAAUUCAGUCACAUUCUUCUCAUUCACGCCCUCUACCAACGGAUGUGGGAAGUUGGCGAUUACUUUCGUCGACCUCUUUCUUUCUGGAACCCCACUGCCAAAAAGCAAUCUUGUGAAACCGCAAUUCCCACAGGCUCUGUAUGGCUACCAGGCAUCCCCUCCUAUUCCAAAUGGCGCAAUAGCGCAUGCGAUUGUCUAGAUAUUUUACAUUGGACAGCCAACAGCACCAUUGCAAAAGCUGCCGGCCUUGAGCAUCCCACCGUGCUCCAUCUUCACACUGCACGCCUCGUCCUACUGGCACCGUUCCGCGAAAUUCGUUCUCUAGCGACUUCUCUGGCCACCGACCGAUCAAAGUGGAGCAAACGACAACAGUCACUCGAGUGGCAAUACAUCUGGCGAUGGGUGAAACACGACCAAUAUAAAGCCCGCUUGUCGAUCAUUCACGCCGGCGUGACCCUUUGGCACAUCCGACGAUAUUCAACAAGUGCCUACCAUGAACCUGUAGCAGCCUUCCUGGCGGUGUUGACCCUGUGGGCAUAUGGUUCUUGCCACACCAAUGGUUCUCAGGAUUCCAGCCCGCGUUCCGAGACGAAUCGAGGGGAUGUGUCGCAGGAGCCUAGUUUUAUUCACUUAGACCGACCGUGCGAUGAUGAGCUCGUCCAGCUUUUUGUGCGAGAAGGAUAUGCGAUGAGGGGUAAUGUGACUGGCGUUGGGGAUAUUUGUUCGCCUGAGGGCCCAGAGCGGAUUUUAAGAAUGGGAUGUGAGACGCUAUCUGGUUUGACGGCGUGGGGUAUAUCGAAGAAGCUGAUCGCGACCUUAACGCAGCUGGCGGAUAUCAUAUCGCAUAAUCGUGAUCUAGAGCAGAGCCAUGGCCAUGGGGCUACUUUGGAUGCUCGCUGA